GGAGGGGAAUGCGAAGGCUGGUAUUCUGUGCCGUUUCCGGGCCAGUCUCUGUGGUGUCGGAAGGACCCGGCCCCAGGAGAUUGUGCGUGUAGUGGCCACGGCCUCACGGGGGGAGGCAAGAGUGGUUGGUGUCAACAGGGGGCGAAGAGGGGACCGGAGCCAAGACCCUGGGCCUCCUCCCCCGGCGCGCUCCCGCAGAUCUCUUUGGCUUUGAGGAGGAGCUGCAGUACGUCCUCCCUGCAUAAGGGAUGGGAUCAGAGAACAGUGCUUUAAAGAGCUAUACACAGAAAGAACCACCAUUUACCUUGCCCUCUGGACUCGCUGUUUAUCCUGCUGUAUUGCAAGAUGGAAAAUUUGCUUCUGUUUUUGUGUAUAAGAGAGAAAAUGAAGACAAGGUUAACAAAGCUGCUAAGCACUUAAAGACUCUUCGUCACCCUUGCUUGCUAAGAUUUUUAUCUUGUACUGUGGAAGCAGAUGGCAUUCAUCUUGUCACUGAGCGAGUGCAACCUCUGAAAGUGGUCUUGGAAACAUUGUCUUCUGCAGAGGUCUGUGCUGGAAUCUAUGACAUAUUGCUGGCUCUCAUCUUCCUUCAUGACAGAGGCCAUCUAACACACAACAAUGUCUGCUUAUCAUCUGUGUUUGUAAGUGAAGAUGGGCACUGGAAGCUAGGAGGAAUGGAAACUGUUUGUAAAGUUUCUCAGGCCACACCAGAGUUUCUGAGGAGUAUUCAGUCAAUAAGAGACCCAUCAUCUGCCCCUCCUGAAGAGAUGUCUCCAGAAUUCACAACUCUUCCAGAGUCCCAUGGACAUGCCCGGGAUGCCUAUUCAUUUGGAAUAUUGGUGGAAAGCUUGCUUACAAUCUUAAAUGAGCAGGUUUCAGCGGAUGUUCUCUCCAGCUUUCAACAGACCUUGCACUCAGCUUUACUGAAUCCUAUUCCGCAAUGUCGGCCAGCACUCAGCACCUUACUAUCCCAUGACUUCUUCAGAAAUGAUUUUCUAGAAGUUGUGAAUUUCUUGAAAAGCUUAACAUUGAAGAGUGAAGAGGAAAAAACUGAAUUCUUCAAAUUUUUGCUGGACAGAGUCAGCUGCUUGUCAGAGGAAUUGAUAGCUUCAAGAUUGGUGCCUCUUCUGCUUAAUCAGUUGGUGUUUGCAGAGCCAGUAGCUGUUAAGAGUUUUCUUCCUUAUCUGCUUGGCCCCAAAAAAGAUAAUGUGCAGGGAGAAAUCCCUUGCUUGCUCUCACCAGCCCUGUUCCAGCUGCGGGUAAUCCCUGUGCUUCUCCGAUUGUUUGAGGUUCACGAGGAACAUGUGCGGAUGGUGCUGCUGUCUCACAUUGAGGCCUAUGUGGAGCACUUCACACAGGAGCAGCUGAAGAAAGUCAUUUUGCCACAGGUAUUACUGGGCCUGCGUGAUACCAGUGACUCCAUUGUGGCAAUUACACUUCAUAGCCUAGCUGUGCUGGUCUCUCUACUUGGACCAGAAGUAGUUGUAGGAGGAGAAAGAACGAAGAUCUUUAAACGCACUGCCCCAAGUUUUACUAAAACUAUCGACCUUUCCCCAGAAGAUUCUCCCAUGCACGUCGUCUGCAGCCAGCACAGUCAGAUCUCGCCAAUCUUGGAGAACCCCUCUAGCAUAUUCCCUAAAUGUUUCUUUUCUGGCAACAUUCCCAUCAACAGCAAGAAGCACAUACAGCAAGAUUACUACAAUACUCUUUUACAAAAGACAGGUGAUCAGUUUUCUCAGUCUAUUAAAUUUCCCAUGAAUGGAAUCUCAGAUGUGAAAAAUAUUUCUGGGGACAGUGAAAACUUCCCAUCAGACUCUAAAAAGUCUGAGGAGUGGCCUGACUGGAGUGAGCCUGAGGAGCCUGAGAACCAAACUAUCAAUACUCAGAUUUGGCCUAGAGAACCCUGUGAUGCUGCCAAGUCCCCGUGCACUAACUUGAUUGUGGAGGAAGAAUCUUGGAAUGAUUGUGAACCCAGAAGCUCAGGUACUCAAGUAAACCCAGGAGCUACAAUCUCUGCUGUAGUGCCUGUUACCUCAGGGGAGCAGAAGCCAAUUCCUGAUUUGCCUCCCCUCACUGAAAAGUCUACGAGCCCACCUGAAAAGACCAGUCUUACACAGAGUGGGGAUGACUCAGACCAAAUCAAGCCACCAAAAGCAUUGCCACAAGAGAGGCCCUUUAAGGGUCGAUCAGAACUUGGUUUAGGAGAAGAGUUUACUAUACAAGUAAAAAAGAAACCAAUACAAGAUCCUGAGUUGGAUUGGUUUGCUGAUAUGAUCCCAGAAAUUAAGCCUUCAGCUGCUUUUCUUAUUUUACCUGAACUGAGGACAGAAAUGAUGGUCCCCAUCAAGGAUGAUGUCUCACCAGUGAUGCAGUUUUCCUCAAAAUUUGCUGCAGCAGAAAUGACUGAGGGAGAGGCUGAAGGCUGGGGAGAAGAAGGAGAGCUGAACUGGGAAGAUAAUAACUGGUGACAACAGCUGUGAAUUAAACUUUAGGAGAAUUCCUUUAAAAAAAUUAAUACCUCAAAAGCAGACUGUGUGGACAAGAAAACCCUAAGACAGGCUGUUUUUCUGAUACCAUGAGCUUUGUGAAGUCUGUGCCAACUCAAUUGUGAGACCAACCUUGAGUGCUGGCUAAAAGCCCUGGGCAGUCAGGCUCACAGUAGUGGUUUCUAGAACGAAGAGCCUGUGUACAUUUGCUGAGGCCAGUUUCCAUGAAGAGCGGGUAGCUGAGGAAAAGUUGAAUUUACUGCUUUUUCCAGGAUAAUUCUGGAAGUAAAGAAAGUAAAUAUAAAAAUUGAAUCUGGUUAGCUUAAUUUUGUGCCAUUUCUUUAAAAGUGAAAAAGAGUAACACGCUCUAUUAUGAAAUAAACUUACUGAAAAUGAUUUCAGUUAUAAAUUAUAAAUGACUUUAAAUUGCUAAAGUUUCCUUAGGCAGCUUAUUUAUUUGUUUACAGUUGUACUAUAGGAGUGAAAGGUCCUCUGUAGACCUGGGCAGUUACUGUUCACAUGUAUUACAUUGUACCAAAGUUCUUAAUGAGAAGUGCCCCCUUCCUAAUCUUGUUCUCUAAAUGUCAAAUAAAGACUAUUUUCACUAGAUUUACCUUUACCAAA